AAUAUGUAAUUUACCGAAUUGCCCAUUUUGAAUUUCAAAAUCAAACACAAAACAAACAACUCCUCUCCUUUCAUAAAUCUAAAAAAAUAUAAACCAAAAUCCAACAAAUUAUCUUAUGGACCGAACCAUAAAUCGUAGUAAAAGAAUAGAAAAUUAUUGAUAUAAACCAAACAAAUCCAAAAAAAUUCUGAAACCUCUCAACGAAGCCAAUUUUCAGUUGUACCAUGGCUCAACCUAAGGCAAUUUUCGGUUGUACCAUGGACCAACCGAAAAUCACCUUCGGUUGCACCAUGGCUCAACCUAAGGCAAUUUUCGGUUGAGCCAUGGUGCAACCGAAGGUGAUUUUCGGUUGGUCCAUGGUACAACCGAAAAUUGCCUUAGGUUGAGCCAUGGUACAACCGAAAAUUGGCUUCGAUUGAGGGAUUUUGGAUUUUUACCUCGUCGGAGCCGCUACUCAUGAUUCGGACUUAUUCCCAACGAUUACGACUCGAGAAUGUCAACGAUGAAUUCGAGAGUGUGGGAAAUUGAGUGUUUUUCAUUUUUUUAGUUAAAGUGAUGUUUGUUUUCUAAAGAUGACAAAAGGUUAAAAGUGUAACUUUGUUAUUUUUUAGGACGAUCAAUAGUAAUUUUAAGGACGACGUUUAUCAAUUCCCUUGAUAAAUAUAACCAAACAAAAAUUAAAGUAUUAAACUAUUUUGCUAUUUGUUUUUACUUUUUCAUUUUUCCCAUCAUUGGUAAUUAUGUUUCCGUUGUGCAAGUUCCAAAGAAUCACAAAAACAAGUCCCGAAGAGAGAAACUUUAAAGUGCUGCAAGCUAUGGGAUUCCCUGAAAAAUUUCUGGCUUGGUUGAGAAUGUGUGUCACUACACCGAAGUUCAGCAUUGGUUUUAAUGGUGGCUCAGUAGGGUUUUUCCCAACUAAGAAAGGAUUGAGGCAAGGGGACCCUCUUUCCCCUAUCUCUUCGUUGUGGCCAUGGAGAUUUUCUCUUGUCUGAUGCAUAAAGCAAUUAAUCAGAAUGUCAUGCUCUUUCAUCCUAUGUGUAAAAGACUGAAGCUUACCCACUUAAUGUUUGAUGGCGACCUCUUAUUGUUUUCUGAUGGCUCAAACUUUGGGAUUCAAUGUAUUCAAAAGGUUCUGGAUGAUUUUAGAUACAUGUCUGGGUUAAAAUCAAACCCUUCCAAGUGUGAACUUUACUGUGGAGGCAUUAAUGACCAAUGGCAGGAGCUGAUGUCUCAGUGUUCAGGUUAUAAGUUGGGGUCACUUCCAGUUCGUUAUCUGGGUCUCCCUCUGCUUUCUGGUAAACUUACUAUUAAAGCCUGCAAACCUCUUAUAGAUAGAGUUAUGAGCAGAAUCAAUAGUUGGAAGUCAAAAACUCUUUCUUAUGCUGGCAAACUUCAAUUAGUGAUAUCUGUGCUGUAUAGCCUCUCUCACUUUUGGAUGUCAAUCUUCAUUUUGCCUAAGGCUGUCAUUAGAGCUAUAGAGAAAAUGUGCAGUGAUUUUUUGUGGGGAGUUGUUGAGGGUGCCAGGAAGAAAGCAGUGGUUGCUUGGUCUCGAAUUACUUACCCCAAAAGAGAAGGGGGACUUGGACUUAAAGAUAUGUGCACAUGGAAUCUUGCUUGUGUUGUUAGGCACAUCUGGGUUGUUUUGCUUAGACAAGGGUCCUUAUGGGUUGCUUGGCUCUGGGAAUUUCGUAUAAAAGGGGGCAACUUUUGGACUCUAACAUCCAAAGCUGGAUCUUGGCUAUGGCAGAAAAUUUUGAAAAUCAGAGAUAAACUCAGGGGAUGGAUUUCUGUUGCAUCUUAUGGGGUUUAUUGGAAGGGAGAACUUAUGACUAAAUUUUGCAUAAGGAAUGUAUGGGAGGAGCUUCGUCCAAAAAGGGGGGUUGUCACUUGGAAAUCUUUGGUUUGGAAAGGACCUAGCAUCCCAAAGAACCAGUUCCUGGUUUGGCUGGUUGUCACUGACUGUAUCAUAACUGGAGAGAAAGUUCAGGGGUGGGGUGGCUCUGGUGAUUAUGGAUGUGUCUUCUGCUCAUGUAGCUUGGAAACGAGAUCUCAUCUUUUUGCUUAGUGUUCUAUGUUUAAACAGUUGUUUACAGCUCUGUUUGCUAACUUUGCAGAUCGAGUCCCUGGGAAUCAAUGGGAUGCUGAGCUUCAGUGGGCUAUAUCUACUUUCAAAGGUUCCACAGUCUCAGCACAAUCUGGGAAGCUAAUUUGGCAGGCUUUAAUUGCGUCAAUUUGGAGGGAAAGAUGUUUGAUUAAGUUUGCAGGGAAGAAAGCUGACUUCCAUGCUCUGGUUCAGCGGGUCCAGGGAGAUAUUAGGGUGGUUGUUGAUCCUGGAAUAAUAUGUUUGUUUUUUUUUUGAGCUCUCAGGUGAACUGAUAAGUGAUGUGGUAUUGUUUUAAGUUUCAGGUGUCUGUUGUUCCCUUUGCUUAGCUGGCAGAGCUCUUGCCAGCAAUGUACUUGGUCCGGGCUAUUUGGUUUUACCCGAAACAAACAGGACCGUAUAACUCGGACUGGGACCGGACCGGACCCGGAUAGUAAACAAUCCAAUCCUAUCUUCGGUUUUAGAUUUAAGGUAAAAAAAACCGUUUGGGACCGGAUCGAAAACCGGAUAAAGACCGGAUAAGAGAGCCCAACACCCAAAACUUAACCAACUCCUCACCCUUUGAGACCUUAGGCCACUCAAAUCUCCACAAGCUAAAUCUGAAAUCAAGACCGAAUUGGGACCGAACUGGGUCAAGACCGGAGCGGAUCAAGACCGGAGUGUAUCCAAUCCAAUCUUUGGUCCUUAUAUUCCCGAAAAGACCGAACUGAAAUCGGAUCAAUUCGAACCAAUUUAAACGGACCGGACCGUGUAGCCACCCCUAACACAAAUAAGAAGGAGAACCUCCACCAGUUCUUUCUAGAUAAACCAACAAUGAUAUAAUAUGAAUUAGCACACAUCUAAUCAAUCCCACCAAAAAUUGAAGGAUAAGGAUUAUGCCAUAAAUGGAUGGUUAAAGAAAUAUCACUUAGGAGAGGAUGGCAACUUCUCUGUUUAUGCAUUACUCGCCCUUGGUCAAUUCACUUAUUCACCUACUGUUGAGUGAUAUGAAUGUUCUAAAUUGUUAAGUGAGAAGAUCUAACCUUACUUAGGGCAAAUAAUCGAUCAUUUAAAUAAGAUGCGGAUACUUAA